GCUCACAUAGCUACCACAUUUUCACUCGACAAGACAAUCCAUAACUCUACCUAGCUCUACAAGCUCUCUCCGGUCCGCCCCGUCUCGUAUCACUAAAGAUCGCUGUAUAGCGGCGCGCGGUCCAGGAUGCCGCCAGCAGUUGGGCGCAUGCAUGCGAGCCACAUGUCGAAUCCCUUCGUACAUCUGAACCCGAUCCCGCCGGCGCAUUACCAGCAACAGCAACACUCCCUUCCACAACCUUUGACGCGACCUUCAAACUAUGCCGGCGUCAACGGCUUCGUGCCCCCGACCUCCAAUGUCGCUUUACAAAACGCAUACGCCAGUGCCGGUGCUCUGGCUGGAGCAAAUGCUGGAGCUGGAGCUGGUGGAGGUACAGGCUUGGGAAGUGAGGCCGCAUAUCGAGGUUUCGCACAUGGCGCUGCUCUCCAACAGCAACAGGCACAUCAGGCUGAGGCUGCUCAGCUAGGCAUCAAGUCAGGUCUGGCAGGGAGGAUACGCGAAGUCUGGUCUCACAACCUGGAGCAUGAGAUGGUGUUGCUGCGCCAGCUUAUCACAAAGUACCCUUACGUGAGCAUGGACGCAGAAUUCCCCGGUAUUGUCGCGCGUCCCAUCGGCAACUUUGAGAACAAGGCCUCAUAUCAUUACCAAACCCUACGCUGUAACGUCGACCUCCUCAAGCCCAUUCAACUGGGAAUCACCAUCUGGACUGCAGACGGCGAACUACCACCCCAACAGCCCGACCCGUCGCUCUUUCCCAAGUUGCCCAACAACCUGGUCGUGUGUCCCUGCACUUGGUCCUUCAACUUCCGCUUCUCUCUCGACCACGACAUGUACGCUGAAGGCUCCAUCGAGCUCCUCAAGAAGGCCGGUCUGGACUUCACAAAGCAUCAGGAACAGGGUAUCGAUCUCAAUGCUUUCGGUGCCGCUCUCACAACCUCGGGUCUGACCUUCGUUGAUGAUGUCAACUGGCUAUCAUUCCACUCGGGCUACGACUUCGGGUAUCUGAUCAAGUUGUUGACCAACGCCCCGCUUCCUGAGAACGAGUCAGAGUUCCGCGAUCUUGUCAACAUCUACUUCCCAAAGCUCUGGGACAUCAAGUUUUUAUUACGACACGCUCAACGCACCCUGGCUCCGCAGAAUCGUCUCAGUCCUACUGCCUCAACUGUCAUCAACACCCUGGGUCAGAAGUCUGGUUUGCAAGACCUUGCGGAAGAGCUUGGUUGCGUACGUCAGGGCGCUCCUCACACUGGUGGUUCAGACGCCUGGUUGACCGGCUCCGUCUUCUGGGCCAUGCGCAACAAGAUCUUUGAUGGACAUGCACCACUCGAAUUGGCCGAUCAGAUCUACGGUCUGCAUGGCGUUGGCCCACCAGCAAGUGCUGCCUUCAGAGACGAGUUCCUUCAGAGUCAGGGUCACCAGACUCCACAGACCAAUGGUUCUCUCAGCUUCCACACAGGACACACACCUACCACCCACCAAGCACCGAGUACACCAACCACUUCGCAUGCUGCCAUAUCCGGCGGUGUUUUCGGCAACUUUCAAUACGCCAAAUAGUAAAUGUGUAUCAUAAGCUUCUGGU